AUGGGCCAAUUACCAGCAGCCAGAAUACAGCCAGCUCGACCCUUUCUCCGAGUAGGCAUUGAUUUCUGUGGCCCGUUCAACUGUAAACCAAGGAUACGGAGCAAGGCAAUUUUCAAAACAUACGUUUGCGUAUUUCUGUGUUUCGCCACCAAGGCGGUUCACAUGGAAAUAGUCAACGACCUUACCACGGAUGCAUUUUUGGCAGCAUUGAGGAGAUUUGUCGCUAGGCGAGGUCGAUGCACGGAUAUAUUCAGCGACAAUGCCACGAACUUCGUUGGAGGCAAUCGCGCACUCCAGGAGCUUUAUGAACUAUUCCAAAAUACAGAACACCAGGAGAUCGUACAGCGAUUCUGCGCAAAUGAGGGCAUCACUUGGCAUAUGAUCCCUCCUAAUUCUCCACACUUUGGUGGCCUGUGGGAGUCGGCGGUAAAGGCAGCUAAGCAUCACAUGCGCAGAGCUCUCGGAACAGCCUCAUUCACGACAGAAGAACUGGGAACUGUCGUGACACAAAUUGAAGCCUGCCUAAAUUCCAGACCCCUCUCUCCCAUGUCCUCCGAUCCCUCUGAUCUCGAACCUUUAACUUCUGGGCACUUUUUAAUAGGUGCUCCAUUAAACUCAAUCAUAGAACCCGAUCUAACCGAACUAAAGCUAAACAGAUUAUCCCGAUGGCAACUCAUCCAACGCACGGUGCAAGAGUUUUGGAGACGAUGGUCCAACGAGUACCUUAGCGAACUCCAAUCUCUGAAGAAGUGGACGACGGUGCAGCCCAAUAUCCAGCCAGGAUCGAUGGUGUUGCUGAAGGAAGACAAUGUCCCUCCAAUGAAAUGGUUGCUGGGGCGAAUAGUAGAGACCUUCCCGGGGCGCGAUGGUUUAACGCGAGUUGUAUCAGUUCGCACCGCGCAUGGAACUUAUAAACGUAGCAUAACAAAAACUUGUAUCCUUCCGAUGGAUAAUGAUUAA